GGGCGGGCUGUGGUGUGACAGAUCGCCCUUUUGACUGGAGGAUGUGCAGACUCAGUGCGCAGCCGCAGACCAGGGAGCGUGUCAGGUGACCGUUUGCAAUGGAGGACGCCAUUGAGGUGAUUCUGCAAGACGACAGCAAGGUCCUUCCUACCACCAGGUCUCAUCCUCUGGUGUCGGCCUGCACAGGCGUUGUGCUCACGGGACUGUACGGCGUCUGGAGCCUGUUUGCUCUGCCUGGCUUUCGCAGAAUCCCGUGGAACCUCAAGGUUCCUUAUUUGCCCUCCAGUAAAGAUCAGACACUGAACACUAUGAAGCUGCUUGAAGGACGAACCGGCCGAUUGGCAGAUCUGGGAUCAGGAGACGGAAGACUGGUGUUUGCAGCCUCUUCGGCUGGUUUCCGGUGCACAGGGUUUGAGAUUAACUCCAUUUUAGUGUCGUAUUCCAGGAACAAGGCGCGGUGGAGAGGACUCCCCUCAAGUCAGGCAACCUUUGUGAAAAAAGACUUCUGGAAGAUUGAUUUAUCGCCAUACAACAAUGUGACAGCUUUUCUUUCUCCAGAAGUGAUGGGGGUUCUCGGUGAGAAGCUGUUGAAAGAGCUUCCUGAUGAUGCCCGGGUCAUCGCUUGUCGUUUUCCUUUCCCUGACUGGCCGCGACAGUCCUCUGCCGGCUCAGGUCUCGACCAGACGUUUGCCUAUGAUAUAAGAAACGUGCGCUCCCACCUGAGGAAGUUGUCCAACACGGCGUGUGUGGAGUAAGUCGUGGUGUUGCUUAUAGAGUUUGUGUAUUUUAUUCUCUUCAGUUAGAAGCACUGAUCAGGGGUUGUCCUUUUUGAAAGAUGUCUCUGAACACUGAAGGGAUGAGAGGACUCUGACUAAGCCAGACAAGAUGUCAGGAUGAUUCUGACAUCACUCAGGCCCUGCACUAUACUGUAUGUUCAAUCUUUGCACUGCCAGAACACACUCAGCCUUUUUCAUGUUGCUCACAGCGUUCAUGUGAAUACCAACAUGCUCUGCUGUCUGGAAUAUGGCUUGGAUUUAAAAUGUCGAUCAAACAGCUCUUCCUCUCCAAAUACUUUAACUUCACAUCAGCUCUAAUAAACCUACUUUACUUUAGCCACAGAAGGGAUAGUGUGGGAAGUGUUGCAUUUCUUUGCCUUUAAAAGAUGUCCUCAGAUACCCCCAUGUUUAAAACUGUCACCUGGCCUCUGAGAGCCGUGGAAUAAACUUCUGUGUAGAGAAAAGGUUAUUUACUGUAAGAGCUGUGGUGAUGUGUGUAACCCAGAUUGUGUGUGUUUGACCGUUUUCUUCGUUUUAUCACAAAUAAAAUAACUUUCCAUG